ACAACACGACCAUGUUGCUCGAACCAAAGAACGAUAUCAAAGCUACUACACUGCCGGACGAGGAGCUCGACACAUCGAUUGGUCAUAUUCAUGAAUUGGGCUAUGAUGUCGAGGCAGAAAAGAAGGUGUUGAGAAAGUUUGACAGGUUCCUGCUACCUCCUCUGGCCGUCAUCCUCCUGGUAGCAUACCUGGACAGAUCGAAUCUCGGGAAUGCAAAAGUCUUUGGAUUUGAACAUGAUCUGGGAGAAGCACACACAAAAGUCCCUUGGACGAUGGCCGUCAAGCGCUUCGGCGCCAAUCAUGUUCUUGGUAUUGCCAUGAUCGCUUGGUCGACCAUAACCCUUGCUACAGGCUUCAUUCAGAACUACUCCCAAGCCAUUGCUGUUAGAGUGUUGCUUGGAGCAUUCGAGGCUGGGCUGGUACCCUCGGUGGUAUUUAUCAUCAGUACUAUCUGGGAGAGGGAGAGACAGAGUAAGAGAGUGGCUAUCAUCUACGCUUGCAACUGCCUUUCGGGGGCCUUCGGAGGUCUGAUUGCUGUAAGUCUCGCUUGCUUUACCAUCAGUCCUUCAGAAACACUCACACGAUACAGUNAUGGCAUCGAAAGUAUGGGCACACGACACGGGCUCGAGUCCUUCCGAUGGCUGUUUAUUGUCGAAGGCGCCAUCUCGAUUGUCUUGUGUGGCAUCUGUUGGGCAUCAUUGCCCAAGAACGCAGAGACGGCGUGGUUCUUGAACCCAGAGGAGAAAGCCAUUAUGGUUGCGAGGAAACAGCGCAAUUCUGUUACCAGAGGCACGGAAGAGUUUUCUUGGUCCCACGUACGUCUGGCCUUUACGGAUCCGAUCAUCUACAUUGCCUCGGCCAGCUUCUUCUCGGCUUCCAUUGCUCUUUUUGGAUUCGGUACUUUUCUUCCGACAAUCAUCAAGGGUCUUGGAUAUACCUCGCUACAAGCAAACUACCUGACCAUCCCAGUCUACGUCUUCGCAACCCUCACCCUAAUCACUGCAACAUUCACAUCAGACCGUCUGAAGAAACGAGCAGCGGUCCUAGCUAUCCUCCCAAUCGCACCAAUCAUAGGCUACAUCAUCGCCUGUGGCACGGCCAGCCAUGCAGCAGGCUACUUCGCCAUGUUCCUCUGCGGCGGCGGCAUCUACAGCUACAACUGCUUGAUCCUCACUUGGAUAUCGACCAACAUCGCUCCUGACUACAAGCGCAGUAUGGCUAUGCCGUUUUUCGUUUCGCUUGCCAAUGUCUCCGGUGUUGUUUCUUCUAAUAUCUACCCGAGUGUUGAUGGACCAAGGUAUCUGAUGGGCAAUGCUGUUAGUGCUGGUAUGGAGACACUGGCGCUUUGUGGUGUUGUGACUGUAUGGUGGACGUUGAGACGCAGGAACCUGGAGAAGGAAAAGCUGAGAGCGCAAGGUGUGGAGGACAAUGGCAAGGAUGGUGAUCAGGGCCUUGACUUCGUUUACAACCUC